AUGACCUCCUCUUUCUCUAUGGGGGCCCUGACCAAGGCAUUGCCGUCCCUAUGUCGGCAAUGUCAUCCCCAAGCGUCGUCCCUACGCACAAUUCGACCCUUUUCGUCUUCACCUCGAAGGCCCGCAGGCCCAGAGCAAGCAUCCUCCGAACCCAAUACCAAUACCACCAGCACCCCGACGUCCACCCGCGACUCAUCGUCCUCGCUGGACAUCUUGACUCGGAUCGCACAAGGGAACAUUACUUCAUCUGCACGUGGACGCCCUGGCAACUUCCGACGGGCCCAGAGCAUGGAAGACGAGAUGCUCACCAACCCCUACCCCGACCGCGCACCUCCCCACCACCUGCACGUCUUCACACACAAACACAACACGAUCCUCACCUUGACCCGGCCGAAUGGCAACCCCAUGAUGUCGAUGGGCAGUGGCCAGAUUGGUUUCCGCAAAGGCGGCCGUUCGGGCUUCGACCCGGCCUACCAACUAUGCUCGCAUGUCCUCGCCCAGAUUCAGGAACGAGGAUAUCUCUUGGAAAUUCAGCGGCUCGAGAUUGUCUACCGGGGGUUUGGAAAGGGACGGGAUGCCUUCAACAAGGUCAUUCUGGGGAAUGAGGGACGGAAGAUUCGCGGGCUGGUCAGCCGAGUGACGGACUCGACGCGCAUCAAGUUUGGUGGGACUCGCAGCCGCCGGUUGCCCUUCCCCGCGACUCGUCUGGUGCGAGACGAACGGCUUGAUGAGGACCAGAGUUCUUUCGCUGGGCCGUCCAAAACCGUUUGGAUGCACCCUCUAAACCCUUUCCUGCGUGCUUUCUUCCGAAGCACUGUUCCGGGCCAGUGUACUCCCGUCGAGAACCAUGUCUUGCUCGUCCCGACGACAGAAUGCCUGGCCGGAUCGCGCGACCGGGAAUCCACGCUCCUCUACUCAGACCUCGUCGCGUCGGAGGAGUUUCUAGGGAGCCAUGUGCUGCGCAUCCCGAUGCCCCUUGGCCCUCCAAUGGGGAAAGAGGAGACAAAUGUGCGCGAUAACAGGAGCAAGGCGAAGCAGCUGACUACCUUCAAUGGGAGAACGGUCAUCAUCAAAGAGAAUUCGGUCUACAGCAAUAAAGGCUUCAAGUCCUUAACCCAGGCACAACUGCUGUCUGACGCCCUGUAUUACACCCCAACGAAUGAGUCGCGACCAUGGCUCAUUUACUAUAUCUCCCGUCCGUUGAUCGGCUCCUACGAUCCCGCGAGAAUCAUCCCCGCGGCUGUACCAGGGACUGAAACGAAGAAGACCGGGGUGACAAUUGCUGGCAGAAAGGAUGGCGAGCCAAAUGGGUCACCGGCGAAACAAGAGAUCAAGUCCUUCCAUGAACUGCUAGCGAAUUUCCCUAUGAUUGCAAGGCAAAUGCAACCGGGCCUGGAAAGACUGUUCCGCGAGUUUAGUAUAGAGCUAGGCAAACCGCUGCCCCAACCACCCUCACACUCACGAUCGCCUUCCGCGUCUGGCAGUGAAAGCGAAAACAGGUUAUCACGCACUGAAUCCUUGACAGAUGAAAGAUCGUCUAUCCGCAGUUGGUCAUCCCGUGGCCGAGCCCAACGACCGUUCCAGUCCGACGAAUUCUAUGUGGACGAUGAAGAUCUAAUGCGUCGGAGCUUGGAAACCGCGGUCACGGCAGCAAUUGAUCUCUUUCGCCUGGUAGACAAACAGCAAUUGUCAUUUCUGGGCGCAACCACAGAUCUGACGGGGCCUCUGGUUGAGAGUCUGAUUGAACGCUACGUUGCAGAACAAGUUCAUGAACCUUUACUCUUUUCCCGGCUAUGUGCCUUCCGACAGCCUGAAGACACAGAACUGGACACUCGCAUCCGACAAAUGGAGAGCAUCGAUGUCUCUCAGGUUGGCAUGACCAUGGAAGGCGGGCGGGAGGGAAAGAGAGAGCUAAUUCGACGGCUUGGGCGAGGAGUGGAAGCAUUUCGGAAAAUGAACGAGGCAAGGUGUCCUCAUGAUAUGCUCAACACUCUCCUGGAAACGGUCAAGGUCAUUUCUUUCCCCGGCAGCUAUAAUCGGGUGGACGGACCUGCGUCUGAAAAGAGUUCUCCUCCCGUGACGAUCAACGCCGACGUUCUGGUCUCUCUCCUGCUAGUGGUUGUCAUCCGGUCUCAAAUUCGACACUUGCAGGCGCGUUUGUUGUAUAUGCAGCAUUUUAUCUACAUCGAGGACGUGGACAGUGGUGAAAUGGGCUAUGCCUUGAGCACUUUCGAGGCAGUUUUGAUGUACCUUGUCACCGAUUCGGCGGGUCUGCGACGUGCCAGUGCUCGAAACAGACGCCUGUGGCAGGCCACCAAAGCAGGCAGGGUUUCGGACAUGAAGAGCAUUUUGGAACCGGAUGAAGACCACCAAUCUACGGACGAGGCUACUCCUCAGGAGCCCGAGCGGAAAUCUGUUCUCUUCCAGACGGAUGAUCGCGAUGAGCAAGACGAAUUGCCCUUGGAAUCGUCAUCCGUGUACAGCCAGCCAGCCAUCACAAAUGGCGAUCUAUCACAGGAGGAUGGCUCAUCUGAAGCACCGCCCUUGUCACAUGUGUUUCCGUUCCAGACUUGGAGGGCUGGGUCGCCUUUCAAGGAUUAUCAUCGGCCUGUGAAGAAGGUAUCGAUGGACGUUCGCAGCUUGUCCGAGUCCUCUGCUGUUUCUUUCCUAUCUCGCUCAACAACGAUUGGGUCUAUGGCAAGUGGGAUUGAAGGUGACUACUCCCUUGAAACCUUGACAAAGACUCAGGAUCCUGCAGGAGAUUCAAUUCCUAUGAUGACGGUGGAGAGCCGUCAGACGGAGGCGUUGAGGUAUCUUCUCACUUUGGAGGAAUACUAUCCGUUGGAAGACAUACUCGACGAUACCAACGCAGAUGGAACAACACUCCUCAAUGCGGCCGUGCAACUAGCUCACACCGAGAUCGUCGAUAUUCUUCUGGAUUUUCUUUUCACCAAGGCAGACGAGAGUCUCGUUGCUUUCUACCUCACCAAGUCGGACGUCCACGGCCGCACAGCUGGCCACUAUCUCUUCAGUACCCCUUCUCUUUUGCCCAGAUUGGGUGGCCUUUUACCUUGGCGACAGCGUGACAAGCACGGACAGACGCCACUCUUUGCUCUCUGUCGGUCGUACGACCAUCCAGAGUACAAGGACAUGGUCAAAGCCGCAUUGACAGCGGCCCAACGAGCCCAAGGUGAUGGCAAACCUCUUCAGCUUGACGAUCAUGUGGACUCCAAGGGUAACACUCUUUUGCACAUUGUUGGCGACCCGGAGAUCACCAACCGAAUUUUACAACAGAGCGACUGUGAUCCAAACGCCACUAAUGACAAGAGGUUCACACCUUUAAUGAUGGCGAGCAAGUACGGACGAAUUGACCAAGUCCGGAUAUUGUUCAUGGACCCGCGGGUCGACGUACACAUCAAGGAGUCCCGCGGACUGACAGCAGUGGAACUGGCAAAAGACGAUGAAGUACGAAACCGGGUCGACGAUUUGAUCCUUCUCUCCCAUCCUCUACCGACGUAUACAGACUCCUCUGGCCGUGUGACCAUGGUCGUGCGGUCCUUUUUUGUGGAGGAUGCGACAGUGCGCUUCAUCCUGAAAUCUGGGGCGCCGUUCCCGUCAUCUGAAUCAGUGGUGUCUCGGCCAGGAUCCACGACGUACACCGUCACGACCUGCCGUCGCAGCUUUUCCGACUUUGAAAAUCUAGCCAAGUGGUUGGCAGUAGAGCACCCGGCAUCCUUCGUACCUUCACUGUCCGACUUCCGCAACCCAUUCCAAAUACACUCGAAGCCGUCGCGAUCUGUGCUUCAUGAUCUUCAGGACAAACUUGACCGUUUCCUCAAGACGCUCUUGACCCAUCCCACCUUCUCAACACAUGAAAUGCUCUGGGAAUUCUUUCUAGUUCCGGAACUGCAGCCCGGGAUGAUGGCAGAUCGAUCUCAGCGCAAGGCCAUAGUGCUCACCGAGACGAUCGCUGACGACUAUGAGCCCAUCACCGUCGAAGGGAUGCGAGACACGGAACAAUUCAUCACCCACGCCCAGGACAUGGUCCGCAGCGUCCACGCCACCUCGCGCAAUCUGAUCCGCCGAGGUCAUGCACUGCAAAACGCCGCCUCUGACCUAGCAGACGCCAUGAGCCUCUGCUCGUCCGUUCUCUACACCUUCGAAGAACCCGCCAGGGCACUUCCUGCCUCGCACACGGACGCCUUCUCCCGCUAUGCCACCUACCUCUCCACCUCCAGCUCCGACUCCUCGCCUCUCCUCCAGUAUUUAUCCGCGCUGACCUCCAUCGAUAACACCACAGCGGCAAUCCUCAACUCCCUAGGCCGCCCGCUUUCCUUAAUGGCCACCUUCAACGCCACAAAGCGCAACGUAACCCGCUCGCGCACAUCUCUGCAUUCGUCGUCUCUGCCCCGCAAAUUCAACCUCAACCUUCCGGGCUUCGAAGAGUCUCGCCAGAAAUCCGCGCGGGACCUCGAGAAGAAAAUCCUCGAUGGCGAAGACCAGGCCUUGCGCGUAUCCAAGGAACUCUCAUGGAAUAAGGACGUUGUGGUUAGUGAGCUGGCAGGGUGGACGUCAUGGCGGGAGAAGGUGGGCCGUGAUGCCAUCCGGACCUAUGUCAAGGAUACGCUCGUCCGUGAAAAGGAGCGGGGCAAGCGCCUGGAGCGCUGUUUAAGAAGUGUAAGGGAGGCGAAGAGGGCCAAUGGAAUAUAA